AUCAAUUUUCCUGCGUUUUUCUUGUUAAUUUUUACAUCCGAGAAGACGAAGGAAGCCAGGUAAAAAGGAAAAAUGGAGCAAUGGGUUCCGUUGUUCGACAUUUUCAUGAAUAGCCCAACACCUGAAACCGAAGCAUCUCUUUGGCUACAACAAAGUUUCAAUGCGACAACAUCUUCAUCGUCAACAAUAACUCCAAUCACUACAAGCUCUUUCCUCUCUUUGCUUAACAAACCCUGCAAUCCCAUUGUCAAAGACUCAUCUUUCUCUCCACCUAACACCUCAAAAAGGGUUAUCUUUAUAGAGACGCUACCAGGUAUGGUUCAGUCAAGAAUAUUGUCGUUUCUUGCUUUGGAGAACAAAAAGUUUAAUGAGAAGGAAUUAUCUAAGAUGGCACGUAAUUUGUUGAGUGAAAAUAACGGGCUCGAUUUUUGGGUCAAGAUAGCAGAACGGAAUCUGUUCGAUAGAAUGUCUGAACCAAAUCAUGUUAAUGAGUGGAUUUCUAGUUUUGGUCUGGAUUCCGGUGAAGAAUUAAUUGAAGAGUUCGAGUCCAUGCCGGAUUGGCUUAAGGACACGAGUGCAGCUAAUGAUCCACUUAUCUAUUGUCUUCCUUAUCUGCAGCUGAUUUUGGUCCGAGGUUUUAUGAUGAUGAUAGUUUGGAAAAUGAUCAGAGUUUGUUCGAUCAAGUUGAAGAAAAUGGAGACGACAGUAUGAAGGAAGUUGGGGUCGAGAUGGCGGUCAAUCGGGUUUCGAUUGUGACUUUAGAACCUAAAAUUGAAUCAAUGGCUAUUAGUUUGAGAGACAGGGUUCUAAACUAUGAGUCUAGUUUCAAAACUGUAGCUUUAGCGAACGAAAUUCGCCAACUUUGUUCCGAUAAAAGAUCGGAUCCUUUUCAAGUUUUGAGUUUGGUCGAGCCUUGGGGAACCGAGGACGAGACUGCUUCGGUGCUGAUUUCUCAUCUUUCGAGUGGGGAUGAAGACGAGCUCGCUUGGCCAAGUCAGGUUCUCUGCUCAAUUGUGCUUCCCAGGUUUUUGGUUCUAGCAGAACCAGUUUCCCGUCUGCUACUGACUUCGACGAUCGAGUACUGCAAGUUUCAUCAGAGGGCCGCGGUACACGGAUUAUUGUUUCCACUCGCACUGCGAAAAGAGGGUAUCAACACCCCGAUCUGUGAUGUGAUCACCAGGAUCUUGAAGGAAUGCCUCCACCCGGCUCAUGUAUCCGCCUUCUGUCGGAUGCUUCUAUGCGGAGGAGAGGAGGAGAGGAGUUUCGUCUUGCUUCCAUGCCACGAAUUUCUCUUCUCGAACGAAUUUGUGUGGACGGACUCGCUGUUUAACCUAUUACACAACAUCUUGAACCAUAAUGUUCACUUAACUCAGGAUUCUGUUGAUCGUCUUGUGUACCAUGUUAGGCAAAUGGCUGAAACAUUUUCCAAAUCUUUAAAAUUUGGAAACUUUUUGUUAUGUCUGGUCACGAAAUGUUCUUCCAUGCUUAAGUCGCAUAAGGAUUUAUUGACCGAAGCAGUGGAGUCCACCGACACUCUUGUUACAAGAUCCAUAUUA